UUCAGGUUAAGUGAAACAAAGUCGACCAAUUGAAAAUUCACUUUAACCUGAAUUGUUUUUCUUUUUUUAUAUCUAUUUAUUUUCUGUUCCCAAUUAAUCGGUAAUUGAAUUUAAGAUUGUGAUUUACUGGGUCUUAAUUUGAAACGUUUCUCUUUGAUUGUGAUUAGAAAAACAAAAAGUAAAACACAAUUAACACUUGGAUUACUCAUGGUUAACAACAUUCUAUUCUCUUUUGCCUCUCUCAUCAUUUUCCAAUCCAGUUUUUAAUUCUUUCAUCAUCUGUGUUAAAUUCUUAGUGUAAUUUUAUUCUUCUUCUUUUUCAAUUGUUCUUCAAUUACAUUUUUUUUUAUAUAUAUUAAUUAUUCACUAAUUUCAGGUUUUUUGCCUUCUUAUUUUGUAAAAUCAUCUUCUCCGGUGAUUCUCCCUUUUUUAUCCUCUGAAUAAUCUCUCAGGGUGUUAUUUUUUUUGUGUGUGAGGUGGUUAUAUCAAGUGAUUCAAAUUGUUUUAUCUCUUUGCUAUACUCUUUACCCCCAUCACGAUCAUUUGAAUGAUAUUUAAAUUGUGUAUAUUUUUGUUACAUUUUAUUGUGAUUUUAUGAGAAGAAAAUUUGUUUUUCCAAUUAUACAAUGGCAAUUAACUCAUCAUUAAUUUCAACAUCUGCUGAUACUGUUGUUGUUUCACCAACACCAAUGAAUUCCUCCUCUUCAGUUUCACCUGAUUCUCCUCCAUCAGAUACCAUGAUGAUGCUUAUGAAUAUAACCUCAAUAUCGUCCAUUAAAUCCGAUUUUGACGGCAUCGAGUCUGAAUUGUUGGACAAAAGUUGGAUAUUCUCACUGGUUAUACUCAUUCUUUACUUAACUCUAACACUAAUUCAAGCUUAUGCCUUUGUCCGCCAACGAACACGAAAUGUUUUGGUUUAUCUGUUCACAAUUUCACUGGAAAUGUACACAUUAGCGCUAUUUCUAAGUACUCUUGAUGCAAUACUCUUUCGCUCAGACAAUGAUGAACCCAAUUUGAUGCCAUUAAUUGUAGAUAUUUUACGAAUUUCAGCCUUGGCUUUAUUCAUUUUAUUUGUUCUUAUAAUUGCCAAAGGAUGGCCAAUAACCCGAUCUGAGGUAUCGGCAAAACCUCUCGUAGCUAUGGCUUGGUUUGCUUAUUUAGCUUCAGAAAUAUUAUUAUACAGUUGGACAAAGGGAACUUUGAGUCAAGUUAGUGAAGAUGAUAUCUAUCUAACGGUUCCAGGAUGGAUUAGUCUGGGUUUACGGAUCAUAAUCAUGAUGUGGUUUCUUUUUGAACUUCGAGCAACCAUGAUGUUAGAACAAGAUCAACAAAAGUUACGAUUUUACCUUCACUUUGGAGUCGGUAUCAUGGUUUGGUUUGUUUACCUACCGAUAAUUGUUUUCAUAGGAUCUCAAACAUCAAUUGAGUGGAAAUAUAAUUUCAUUUUCGUGUUUUCUUUGCUAGUUAAUUUCCUUGCCUAUGCUAUAAUGGCACAUUUCCUUUGGCCAACGAAAUUAACUUAUCAUUUCCUGACCCACCCAACUGAAUCAGAUUAUUCUGAAGGAAUGGAUGAAUGCGAAGAAACAUCAAGAGAUAGUUUCAACUGUCUAUCUCAUAUUAAUUAUGGAAAUGGUAUUCAUCAUCAUCGAUUUGGUCAUGAUCUUAGGUUACCUCACUCAAAGACAUGAAUAAAUCACUUCUCCCACUCUCCCUUUUUCCCCAUUUUCUCCCUUAGAAAUUGACUCAUUACCAUCUCUAGUUUAUCUUCAUUUUGUUUUCAUCUAUUUCCAAUCUAAUCAUUUUCUUUACUUUCAUCCUCUCAUUGAUCAAUCAAUUGGUUCGUACAAUUUAAUCUUGUUUAAUUACUCUAUUAUUCUUCAACUAAUUUUUUCUAGCAAUUAGUCAUGAUUAACCUCAUGUAAACUUACAUCCUAAUAACUCACAAACAUUUAUAUAUACAUAUGAACAUGAACCCUCCUCCUCUAAUCGUUGUUAAUUCAUUAUAAUAUCUUUUUACUUGUCAUCUUUUUUUUUCAUUAAUGCGACAAGUAAACAACAAUAAGCCAAGAAUUUAUCUAAAGCCCUAAUAAUACAAAGUGGGGAUGAAAAGAGAGUUCAAAUAUGUAUUUUAAUUGUUAGUGAGUUAAUCAAAAAGAACAACAAUUUACUAUUGUGAUUAUCAAAUGAAUCAAAUUAAGGGGAUAACAAAAAAAAUCCUCAGAUAACAAAACAAACAUAGAACAUCAAUCGUUAGAAAAUAAUAGAUUCAAACUUUGAUCUGACAAUUGGAAUAAGAAAGAAACAAAGUUUCAGAUCAGAAUAAUACUCAUGUUUUACGAUCUCACAACUUUCUCUCCUAUUCUGAUUCUCUUUCAACUGAGAAUUUAUUAGUAUUAGUUAAUUAUGCUAACGAUCAAUUUAAUGUUAACAAGAUUAUGCAAACUCACAAUCAGAUUCUUGAAAUUGAUACUGAGAAAGAUCAUGAGAAAAAGAGGAAGACCAACAAUAACCAUUGACGAUUAUCUUGAUAUGAGACUUUUUGUUCUAAAAAUAUUAGCUAUUUAUGUAAACUGCUUUUCUCGAUAAUCAUUUAUCAAACCAUUUUCCUUUUUCCGUUUCCUUAAUUUCCUCUUCCAAUGAACUCUUAAUUUCUUGAUGGAACUCCAGUGACAUUAAGAGAGUAAAAUACGAUUUAGCGAGAGAGAAAGAGAGAGAUAGAUGAGGGAGCAAUACUAGGAAGUAAAAACUUACCUAAUAUACUGAAUAUCAUCCUUGAAAAAGCUUUCAAGACUCUCUCUCUCUCUCUCUCUCUUUCCAUGAUGAUAAUAACGAUCAGAGAAUCGAUUUAUUCAUCAAGAAAUAUCUCUAUUAAUAUUACAUGUUAUUAUGUCCGUUAUGAUAUAAUAAUAUAUGGAAUCGCAAUGAAAUUGCAAUUUAGUAUAUAUUUUUAUCAUGAAAACAAUGAACAAUCACCAACAAUGACAGUAAAUAACAAGAGAAAAGGAAGAGAAAUAGGAAGAUGAUAAUUGAUCAGAAAAAAAGGAGUAGGAAGUUUUCUGCUCUUUGGUGAGAAGAAAACAAAUCUCCAUGUCCAGUAAUCCUUUUUAAUAGAUUGUUAAAUCAACGAAAAGAGAGGAAGUCACGUUAAUUUGAAUGAUCCUUGAAACUAUUCUGUUAAUCAUUUCAUAAUUACGAUAACAAUUGAUUCUCACCUGAAAUCCUUUCUCUCCAUUGUGUUAUUAGUAUACAUUGGAAAAAAAAGGUCGUUGAUCUUUUCAUCAUCUUCCCUCUUCUCCUCCCUUUUUAUUUUUCCAAAUUCUACCUUUUCUCUCUCUCUCUCUCUCUUCCUUCUCCUUCUUUAAUAUUUCCCAAUAUCUUCAUCUCUUCUUCUUACGCCCUACCAAUCGAUUUUUCUUCUUCUGUAAUUCUGUAAAUAUGAUUGUUCAGUUUCAAUCAUGUAAAUAGUGAUGAAAGAAACUCACACACAAAGACAAAGGAGAGAAACAAUAAUAAUCAUCAUCAUCAUCAUCGUUUACAUGAUUACAAUCACUGCAGAAUCAACGUAAACCAAAGUCCUAAUUAAGAUGCCUUUCAACUAUAAUAAUAAUCAAUCGACAGUAUCAACAAGCAGAAAACAAAUUAACUAAACAUUUUUAAUUACAAGCCAAAACCGGAACAAUCAGCGAAAAUUUUUUUUUAUAAUCAUCAUCUCAAGUGGAAAAGGGAUACCAAAAAAAAGAGAGACUGAUCAAAAAGAUGGAUUGAUGAGAGAGAUGAUCAACAAUUAAAUACACACACACACACAAAAACGAGUUACAAGAUUAAAUGAUCAACAUGAUGGGAUUUCAUCACUAAUACAUAUAUUAUUGUCGAUGUAUGUAUAGCUCAACAAACGCUAAUUGUUUCAAAGUGUUGACACUUUUUUUCACCUUCUCACUGUUUUGCUGUUUCCCUCUUGUUUUUUGCUGCUCUACUCAUCGACAUCAUCAUCAUCAUCUAAUCAUCUUCAUUAGUGCCGAUUGAUUUUCUCCUUCUAUUUUGUCUUCUUCUUAUUACCUUUGAUUUUCACGCUCAACAAGAAAAAGUAAUUACUAUGAUUAUCAACACUUCUACUGUCAUACUGAUCUUAAUAAGUGUAAUAGUAGAGAGAGUUAGUUAUCAUUCAGUAGUAUCAAAUUGCCUUCUCGCAUUUUAAAUGUUCUUUUAUCUUUUAUCUUCUUCUCUCUCACUCUCUCACUCUUAGCCUUGUUCUGUAAACCCCCUUUUCUACUCUAAAUACAAUAUCUUCUUCAUCUCGAUUUAUCAUCAUUUUAUCUUCUUCUUUUUCUGUCAGAAUCCAUUUCCUCUUUUUCUUCUCAUUUUCUUCUCAUUUUCAUCUCUAUUCUCUUUGUUCAUUUUAAUCCAUGGCAUCCUCAUCAUCUUCAAUUCCCUUCAUCUUCAUGAACAAUUCUCGAUUUUAAUUAACUAAUUUUAUUACUUUGUUCACCCGCCUCUUUCCUACCCUACUCUUCAUCAAUUUAUAAAUAUUGUAUUUCUCAUCAUCAUCAUCAUCUUUCUCUUCAAUCUGUCAAACACUUUCGUCUCGCACAUAAACAAAACCAAAUGAUGAGAUGAAGAUGAUGAUAAUGAUGAUGAUAAUAUAAUAUUGAAUAAUUCAAAUGUAUUAUAUUGUAUAAAUACUGUUCGUGGUUAUAAAUAAACAUCUCAAUAGAUUGAUGAGCAAAAAAAA